GAUUUGCUUGGUUACGGUUAUCUCGGCUCCAAGAUUGGAAACCGCGGGUCCUUGGUGUUGGGAUGUGGUGGCGAGACCGGGUUGACUUAUCCACGGCGAUAGUGUUGGGCUUCGGAAGCGGCGGAAAGCCGAGGGGGAGGUGAGGCGUCCCUGAAGCCGCCAGCUCUGAGAUGAGGAGGAUUUUGGGCUUCGGGGGCAAGAAGGGCCAGUCGCCCGUGGUAGGAGCUACGGGGCCCGAGGCUAAGAGGAGCGUGAACCCGCUGUCCGAGUACGUCAUCCGAGACCGAGACCUAGGCAAGAUCCACAAGGCCGCGCUCGCGGGCGAUGUGGCCAAAGUGCAGCAGAUCCUGUUCUUCAAGAAGAAUGACUUGAAUGACCGAGACAAGAUGCAAAGAACUGCUCUGCAUUUGGCCUGUGCCAGUGGCCAUCCCGAAGUGGUAACUCUCCUAGCAGAGAGAAAAUGCCAGCUUGACCUUUGUGAUGGUCAGAACAAGACAGCACUGAUAAAGGCUGUACAAUGCCAGGAUGAGGAAUGUGCCAGUAUUCUGCUGGAACAUGGUGCUGAUCCAGAUGUCGCGGAUGGCAAUGGCAAUACUGCUCUCCAUUAUGCUGUUUGUAAUAGCAAUAUACCAAUAGCAGAAAAACUGCUUUCACACAAUGCCAAUAUUGAAGCAAGAAACAAGACUGACAUCACACCUCUUGAACUUGCCAUGAAUGAAAAUAAACAGCAAAUGGUGGAAUUCUUAAGAAAGAAAGAAGCAAAUAUGCAUGCCAUUGAUAGGCCACAAAGUAAUUGCCAUCUACUUUUUAAAAAUGACGAAGAUUACAAACCUAAAAUGUCUCAAAAUAACAAUCCAGUGGAGGAAAGUUCUGAAGAAGACUCUAUAAGCAGCAUUUCCAAGAAACCUAAUAUUGAUGAUUCAUGGCCUACCUCGGAUGACGACUUCUUAGGUCUUGAGCCCAAGGAGGCCCCAAAACCAAACUUAAGAAAGCUAGUGAUCGCUUCUCGGCAAUACAUGAAAAACAUGGAAGCAAAAUAUGGUACUGGGAAACCAGGAAAUAGAACCCUGUUGGAAGACAGUGAUUCCGCUAGUCCAAAUGAAGAGGAAGGUGCAGCAGUGUCAACAAUUGGAAAAAAAGAAAAUGUUACUGAUGUUAUUGAAAAUGCUCCACAAGAACAAACAAAGAAUGACAAUUUGACAUAUGGUGAUCGAGUGCAAAAAAAGGAUAGACAUGAUAUGAUGUCCACAUUAGGAUUAGGAGAAGAGGAGGAUACAGAAUCGCCUUGGGACUCUGAGAGCAUCUCCGAUAGUAUACCAUUGAAGUAUGCAGACCCCUUCUCUGGGGCUGUAGAGAAAAAAGGAAAAAAUCAAGUAAAUGAACAACUGGAAGAUGUGUUUUAUGUACCUUCUUUUAUGAGUGGAUCAAGAAACUUUAAGAUGGCUAAACUAGAGGAUACAAGAAAUGUAGGCAUGCCAGUAGCUCACAUGGAGUCUCCUGCGAAGUCUUCUCCCUUGAUGUCUACCCUUGAAAUGAAAGGUUCUGUACCAAAUAAAGCAAUAGGAGUGACGGAUGGACCAACACCAAGAUCAGAUUGGGAUUCUACUAGUUUGAACCUCAGUAGUAAGACUUGUCAAAGAUCCAGAAAUUUGAAAGUUGAUAAAUGUCCAUUUGUAUCACAAUCAUUGACCAAAAUUCAGUCAGCAUCCUCACUAUUGGGAAAGAAGACCUUAAAAGACAAAGAAGGAGAAAAGCAUAAUAUUGGAGCUGUGUUUCUAUUAGGAAAUUACAGUCUCCAUGAUCUGUGUGAAUCACAGCUACCAGAUAACAAAGAGAGCAAAAAAGCAGAACUAGAUUUAAAAAUGACAGCAGAGGAAGAACAAGAAAAGCUUGAUGGAAGUGCGAAAAAACAGCUGAAGGCAUUUCCUGAACGAAAAGAAACUAGUAAUGACGACGGUCCAUGUCAUGUGCCCUCUGAGUCCCCGGAAUACAAUUGCCAGUCAUCUGAGUUUUAUUUAAAUACAACUAAAGUAGACUGUGAAAAUGGUAACAAACCAGACACUGAACAUGUUUUUAACACAACUGGGAAGUUUUAUAAUGUUCCAGAAAAUAAAGCAAGAAACCCAGAAGUAGUUACAGUUAAGAUGAAAGAGGAACAAGAGUUUGAUAAACCGAUGACAAAAAAAAUGAACCAAAAUGCCAUUAAAUCGAAAUUAGACAUUGGACCUAAGCAGCAGUCUAGUGAACCAGAAAGCCUUUUGGAUUUGUGGCUUACCCGCACCAAAGAAAUGAAGCAGAUGGUUCAAAUAAAAGAGCAAAAUAUUCCCAGUGUUACAGACACUUAUAUGAAAACAAAACCAAUACAGGACUUGUUCCAGAAGCCAUUACAUGAUACUUGUAAUGCUAAUAACUAUAAAAGCAUAGAGCCUGAAUUAGAAAAUGUAAGUUCUUCUCCAACACAUAGGGACAAAACACCAGAAGUACGUUUAGAUCAAGAAUUACAGCAAGAUAUGCGAAGGUUUAAGAAUGAGAUAGACAUAUUACAAGUAGCCUUCCAGGCUUUGGAGAAAGAAAAAGUUCAAAAAGAGGUUGAUGAAGAAAGAAAGAAACAUAGAAGUAAUGAAAUGGAAACAUCAGAAAGCCUAUAUGAUGGUGCUGCUGCUCCUGCAGGUGGUGACAACAAUGGCUUAAGUCCACAGAGUACAAAAACUGAUCACCAGCAAUUUCCUCCUAAAGAGUACGAAGAGCAUGAUAGUAGCAGUUCUGCUUUGCCUAUGAAGGAAAUAAACAGCAAUGAAAAUGAGAAAUGGACCUCAGAAGACAGUAUGGAUGCACGAGUGUUGGAGAAACCCGAUUCACCAGUUGGUGGUCUACUAUGCAUGAAUGAUACCAACAGUUUACGUGAAAUAAAGCAGGAAGAAGAAGGGCCUACACAGAAAACAUCUAUGAAAAAAGACAAGGUCAAAAACCAAAUAAGUUCUAUGGACGACCUUAGUGACUUAAGUCAGUCAUCUGAAACAGCCUCAGAGGAUCAUGAAUUGCCUUACUCUAAUUUUAUGAAUUCUGCGAUGCUUGGAAUGUACUCUAAAGAUUCUGAUAAUCAAAUGAAAAUCCAGGACCCAGUUCUUUCAUUUGAAAGAGUAAUAGAACUUAAAAAAAGUCACUCUGAACAAUUUAUAGGAAAAAUUAAAAAACUGGAAAAUAAGGUUAGUGGACUGCAAAAGGAGCUGUCAGAAACCAAAGAGCUCAAGUUACAGUUAGAGCAUCAAAAGGUGAAGUGGGAACAAGAACUCUGCAGUUUGCGAUUUGACCUGAGACAAGAAGAAGAGAAGAGAAGAAGUGCUCAUAUGUUGUAUGAAAAAAUUAGGGAGCAAUUAAAAAGAAAAGAAGACGAGUACAAUAAAGAAAUUGAAGUGAAACAACAACUUGAACUCACUCUUAGAACCCUGGAUAUAGAAUUGAAAACUGUAAGAAAUAAUUUGAGUCAGGUUGAAGAAGAGCAAAAAAUCACCCAGAGGCAACUUUCUCUAGAACAGAAUGCCCGAAUGAUGCAAGAUGGGAUUCUGAGCAGUCACCUUUGCAAACAAAAGGAGCUAGAAAUGACUCAAAAGAAAAUGAAUUCCGAGGUUUCUGAUAGUCAUGAAAAAGAUUUGUUGGACAAAAAUCACAUAUUACAGGAUGAAAUUGCCUUACUAAGACUGGAAAUAGAUACAAUAAAAAAUCAGAACCAAGAAAAGGAAAAGAAAUAUGUUGAGGAUAUUCAAAUUCUAAAAGAAAAGAAUGAUGACCUUCAAAAGACAAUAAAACAAAAUGAGGAAACAUUAACCAAAACAAUAUUCCAGUAUAAUGGACAACUAAAUGUUCUGACAACUGAGAAUACAAUGCUAACUUCUAAACUGGAGAAUGAAAAGCAAACUAAGGAAAGACUGGAAUCAGAAGUGGAUUCAUACCAUUCUAGACUGACUGCUGCUAUACAAGAUCAUGAUCAAAAUCAGACAUCAAAAAGAGACCUAGAACUUGCUUUCCAGAGAGCAAGAGAUGAGUGGUGUCGUUUACAGGACAAAAUGAAUUUAGAUGCCUCUAAUCUGAAAGAGAACAAUGAGAAUCUUUCUCAACAGCUUUCUAAAGCUGAAAGUAAAUUGAAUAGCCUAGAAAUUGAGCUCCAUCACACGAGAGAUGCUCUCAGAGAAAAGACUUUGGUUUUAGAGCAAGUACAGAGAGACUUAAGCCAAACACAAUGUCAAAUGAAGGAAAUGGAACACAUGUAUGAAAAUGAAAAACAUAAAGUGAAUAAAUAUGUUGGAAAACAGGAGUCCGUAGAAGAGAGAUUAUCUCAACUACAGAGUGAAAAUAUGUUGCUUCGACAGCAACUGGAAGAUGCUCAAAACAAAGUUGACAGUAAAGAAAAAGCGGUAAUUAAUAUCCAGGACCAGUUUCAUGAGAUUGUAAAGAAACUUCAAGCUGAGAGUGAAAAACAAAGUCUAAUGCUCCAAGAGAGAAUUAAGGAGUUAGUCAGUGAGUGUAAUCAUUUAAAAGAAAAACUGUAUCAAUAUGAAAAUGACAAAACCGAAAGAGAGGUAGCUAUAAGACAGCUUCAACAAGAACUGGCUGAUACCCUGAAAAAACAGUCUAUGUCAGAGGCUUCACUGGAGGUUACAUCACGUUAUCGCAUUAAUUUGGAAGAUGAAACCCAGGAUUUAAAGAAGAAAUUAAGUCAAAUGAGAAGUCAAUUGCAUGAAGCACAGAAUCAACAUGCGGAGGCUGUAAGACAUACUGAGAAGAUGCAGGAUCGCAUACAAAAGCUUGAAAACGAAAAUUCCAAGUUCAAAGUUACAAUGAAAAAGCAGGCAAGCAAAAUUGAAGAGCUUCAGAAGAACCUGUUAAGUACAAGUUCAUCUGAGGAUGAAAAAGAACAGUUAAAGACACUUACUGAGUUAAAGCAGUCUCUGGAAUAUAAUUUGGAUCAAGAAAAAAAGAAAAAUGGUGAAUUAGAGAAAGAAUUAACUGGAUUUAAGAAACUCUUAGAAGUGACAACAGAGAAGUUAAAUGAAUAUGAAAAUGGAGAAUUAAAUUUCCAAGGAGAUUUAAAAGCCAAUCAAUUUGAAAUGGAUGUUCAAGUUAAUAUGCUAAAACAUAAGAUUGAUGAUCUUACAGCAGAACUGGAAACUGCAUCAUCAAAAUGUGUACAUCUAGGCGCAAAGAAUCAAAUUCUUAAGCAGGAAUUGUCAUCUAUGAAAACAGUACGGAAGAAAUGUGUAAAACUAGAGAAGAAUAACCUGAAGUUGGAACAAGAAAUAGUAGACCUCAAAAGUCAUAUGAAAAUAAAUAUGGUAGAACUUGUUCAAGUAGAGCAGUAUAAACGGGAGAUUGAAGAAAGAGCAAGACAGGAUAUAGUAGAAAAAUUAAAAGAAGUCAAUCUGUUUUUACAGGCACAAGCAGCAUCUCAAGAAAACUUAGAGCAAUUAAGAGAGAAUAAUUAUGCUUCUGUAAAAAGUCAGAUGGAAAUCAGAAUUAAAGAUCUAGAAUCUGAACUCUUCAAAAUGAGAGCUACUCAAGAAGAUUCUAAUAAAGCAGAAUUGGAAAAAUAUAAGCAACUCUAUCUAGAAGAAUCACAAGUUAGAAAAUCAUUAUUAGAUAAACUAAACAAGACUAAUGAGAAGUUAGCAGAGGUCAGUGCCAAACUUCUUGUGGAAAAACACCAGAGUAGAUCUUUACUGAACAAUCUUGCUACAAGAUCAGUUCUAGAGUCACCUUAUGUUGGAAAUUUUAAUAAUAGUUUAGUGAACAGUGGAAAUCUUAUUCCAAGAGAAACUUCAGUGAUUCCUACCUCAAUCUCACAGCCUUCGAAUAACAGCAUAGAGAACUACUUAACCAAGAUGCAGCAAGAGUUAGAAAGAAGUAUAACUAGAGAACUAAGAGAAGCUGCUGCAGAAUUUUCGUCUGUAUCCUGUAGAGCUUCUCCUCUAGGACCUACUGAUGAGUCAAACCACACUCAAGAUCUACUGUUAAGAGCAUCACAAGAAUAUGUGCAAAUCUUGAAGAAAAAUUAUAUGAUCUGAGAAAUAAAAUUUUAUUGACUGGACUGCUUACCUAACUUUUUAGUUGUUUUUUCACUAAAUACAUGACAUGCAGAAAUCUGUAUUAAAGACUUUCAAUUAUAUGUGUGCAAUGAACAUUAAUAUAAAAUUUUAAACUAUU